AUGACAACUGAUACUUCAUCCAAUUCAAACUCCGAUGUUUUCAAUAACAACAAAUGUUCACCGAUAGCUUCAAAUGAUUUAGCGACUUUGUUAGAAGCAUUACCCUCUCUUUCAUUACAUAAUACUUCUAAUAUUGGGGACGAAGUAGAAUCCGCCGUAUUUAUUAAUAAUAAUGAUGAUCAUGAACAGACCGUAGAGGAACGGAGAUUUACAUCAACUGGAUUAAUUAGUGAACUUAUUCGGCAGACGUCGGUGCUAAAUACCGUUCAUGACAAUGGCGCAUCAGAUGAUGCAAGUUAUCAUUCAGCCGAUGAACAGGCAUUAGUGUCUACUAUACAAACAAGAAUUGAUGAUGAACAAUCAUCAGCCAUAUCAACACUCACAACCACAUCGUCGUCAAAUGAACAAAAUAUACCUAAACAUGAGCAGUAUAGGGAAGAUAUCGAACAGAGUCUUACGGACGAUGAUUAUGAACAAUUAUUGAAAGGUGAUGUUAAACAUAUAUUCAUUUUAAGCGAUAAUGGAAAGCCAGUUUUUUCAAGAUAUGGUGACGAAGAAAAACUGUUAACAUUGAUGGGCGUUAUGCAAACAUUAAUAUCCUUUUCUGAAAUCCACGAUCGUAAUCAGCUAAAUUAUAUUAAAGCCGGACGUAGUCGUAUUGUCUUUUUACACAAAGAACCGUUGGUAUUUGUAUUAGUCACGCAUUUAAAUGAACAUCAUAGUUGUUUAUUACAACAACUAAACUACUGUUACUAUCAAAUAAUAAGUACUUUAACAUUGAGUCGAAUCAAACAUAAAUUUCAAGUACAACCAAAUUUUGACUUAAGACGAUGGUUAUCAAAUGCUGAAAAAAAGUUGUUACACAAUAUUAUUGAGAUGCAUGAAAUAGAUCCUGGAAUGAUGAUGACAUGUGCAAAAUGUCUUACUAUACCAUCAAAUAUCAGAAGUCAAAUUGGUUUGGCCGUGGCACAAACAAUACGUGGACAAAAAGAUAUGAUAUUUGCAAUUAUACUUGCCCAAGGACAUCUUGUCUCGAUUGCACGUUUAAAACAGUAUCAUUUACAUCCAUCUGAUUUACAUUUGUUGAUUAAUCUUGUGAAUAGUUCAGAUGCAUUUAAAGGUGUAGAAGCAUGGGUUCCUGUUUGUUUGCCACGUUUUGAUCCAGGCGGUUGUUUACAUGCCCAUAUAUCUUAUUUGGAUGAUGCUUGUGAUAUAUGUCUUGUUUUAAUGACGGUGAAUGCCGAAAACUUUCAGAUAUUAUCCGAUUUCAAACAAAAAAUCUCCGAUAAACUAAAGAAGAACGGUUUAAUUGGUCAAAUCAAUAUAGCAUUAGUACGUGAUAGAAUGUUUUCGGACGAAAUUGGUUGUAAUGAAUUACGUUAUUUUGCCUAUAAAUCACGUGGUUUAAGUCAGUAUACAUGUUCAAAAUUAUUAGCACCAUACACUACAAAAGAACAACACAUUCGAUUAUUCGAUCUAAUCCGUUAUGUUUAUGGACGAUUACAUGAUCCAAGUCACCAAUUGAAAAUUGUCUAUUAUGCAGCUGAAUAUGAAUCGUUACUGGGUUGGCUUGCACCAGGUUUUGAAAUGCACGUGGUCUUUUCACCUAUGGUUACAUUAGAUACAGUAACAACUUGUAUUGAUCGUAUAUUGACUUAUAUCAAACGAGAAGAAAGUCAACUAUUUAUAAUGAAAUGUGAAUAUUUUUGA